AAAGGUCCUAGUUUAUGGUAUAGCACUUCUCUUUAGAGAUGAAGACGUGAAAUCCACAUUUCAUCCCUUUCCCUUUAAAUAAAUAUACACACCACAUCAAAAUGCAUAACAUAAUCAUUCAAUCAACUCUAAUUUUCUCUACACAAUUCCUCUUUUCAUCAUCAAAAUCACUAGUCAAAAAUGAAAUCAAAAUAUCUAAAUCUAGCCUCACUGAUCAACCGCAAGCUUCUGAAACCAUGCAAAAAAAUAGUGAAAUUCCUGGUAAAGCUCCGCCCUAGGAAGCCGCUCUCCAUAAAAUCCCUCCGCCGCCGCCGCCGAAUCUCUAGGAUGAUGACGAUUUUCCGAUCGCCGCGCGACGAGAGGGAGAUGGACCGGGUGACGGAGCUCACGAGCUUCUCCGACGCUGCGCCGCGCCAGAGAGCGCCGUUUCCGUCGCCGCUCACUCCGGCGUACGUAAAAUUGAGCGGCGCGAGAGCCGAGGAAGACGAUCGCGUGGAAGAAGCGUGCAGAAGCUUCGAGAAGUAUCUGGUGGAGAUGAUCGUGGAAGAGGGGAAAGUGAGGGAUUUGGGUGACGUGGAGGAGCUGCUCCACUGCUGGAAGGAGCUUAGGUCGCCGGUUUUCAUUGAUUUGGUUUGCCGCUUUUAUAGGGAGCUUUGUACGGAUUUGUUUUCCGAGCAAAGCUAGAAUUCGUUUCAUUUUCUCGGUUUAAUUUCAUUCAAAUUGUAUUCAUAUCAUUAUAGUUAAGUAGCUUGUAUAGUUGUAUUGCACUUGCUAAUUUUUGAGCUUUUCAUGUAAAGUAUGAUUUGUAAUAGAUCAAUACAUGAUCCUAACUAUAUAUUCAAGGGUGGAUA